AUGCCUUCUCCGUCUUCGCGACAAUCAGGAGCAUCCGCACCACCAGCGAGGUAUGCGGAAGACCACAGACGUCUUGUUCCUCGCAAGGGGGGAGGGGGUCGCAGCGGGCGCACCUCCGGCAAGGGUGGAAAAGGGAGCCCAAAGGGUGGUGCUUCUGCUGCGAAAUCUCACGGAGCACCUGACGGAUUUACGAAGUCUCGGAGCGGCGGGAAACCGAUCAGCAUGCCGUCUUCGAAGUCAUCUGCAUAUGCCUACUCGGACGGUGGAGGAAAAUCUACCAUCCUUGGCAGUAAUUCACCGUUUGCAGGCCGGCAGGCUGGAGGCGGUUCCAGAUACCUGAAUGAUACGGCAAGACCUGGUGGCAAUCUUGCAACUGCAGUCCUCCAACCCACAUACAAUACAAGUGCUGUCACCUACCGUCUUAUAGGAGAUAACUCUUCAGUAACCCAAGUCUUCGAUGCCCUUGUCGCGAACUGCAGUGUCGCCAAUUCGACCACUGCUAUAGCCGCAUUUCUUCCAUCAGCCUCGGUGUGGCCCCAACCUGAACAGGUUGUCCAGUAUUACCGUGCAUCGUCGUUUGCGCUCUCACUGGAUGGUUAUAACAACACCGCAUCUCUGAUCACCUACGCUCCUGCUUCGAACAGCUCGUUACCGCCACAAAUGGCAGACACACCACUGCCAUCGGGCUUGAACAUGACUUUCCUUGAAUGCGUCAAUGCAACCGUUGGUCAGAGCGUACCACUUGUUGACGUUCCGGCAAAGAAGAAGCUAUCGCCUGAAGCAAUCAUUGGAAUCAUAUUUGCAGGCGUGUGCGGCAUUGUACUCGUCUAUUUCACUAUCAAGGCAUGCUGCAAAUGCUUGUCCUCUCUUCGUGGAAAAGUCAAGAAACUCCUAAAAAGAAGGAAGACAAUUGCAAUGCGAAUCGAUCCCGAGUCACAGGUUUUAGAACCUGAGGACGACAAGACGCCUCCUACUUCUGCCGUCCCUCUUAACAUUGUGGGAUCAAGAAGUAGACCUUCGUCAGCAGAUGCCGGAACGCUGGUUGACGAGCCAAUAGACGGCAACAACCAUUCAAGCUCAAAGACCAAUACCAUUUCUCCAAUGCCGGGGAAAGCAUCCUCUGCUAGUCCUCAACCCGGCUGGUCUUAGGUACCGCUCUGAAACGUACAUUGUUCUGCAUCCAACAAUGGUACCAGAAUCAUGUCAAUUACUUCCCCUUUUCC